GUGCGCGCUAACGCUCGUUUUCCUCGCUUUUCCGCUCGACAAUUUUCCAACGGCGGAAAACACACAACAAUUACAGGCGACAAAAGCGGGCUAAAAGAGUUUUUUGUUUUGAACGUUUUUUUUACUGCAGUUUUCCUCCACUGUCUGCGGGACGGAGGGCUUUUCUUUUUGCGGCUUUUUGGUUUUCCUGUUCGCGUGUGUUUUCCGUUCGGUGUGUGUUUUUGUGAGUGUCUUCCGUGCGAAUACGGGAAACUGAGGAAAAGCCACGCUAAACACAAAGAGAAAUUGGGAAAACGCGGCGCCGCAAAAUUUGCCAAAUUGAUUUUUAUUGUAUGAGACGCCGAGUUCAAACCUUAUUAUAUAAAAUAAGAAAAGGGCAAGAAAGAGGUUGGACCUCGCUAAUUGCCGGUGAAAAGGGUCAGCAAUGCACAGAGCGAGCAAAAGGAUGUAAAGGAUAACCGAGACUCUCGAGCAGAAAAACACACACACACUGAGAACCACAAAGGAGUAAGGAGUGUCACAGAAGACGAGAACUCCACUUUUCCUGAACAGCUUUUCCACCCGGUGGCAAGGUGAAUCUGUUCCAGCACACCAUGUCAUCGAUCUCGGCGCAGGGCGUGGUCGAGAGAGCCUCCGCCGAAUUGUCGAAGCGCAUCAACGGCCUGGGACUGCGCUCGAAGCAUCACCACAGUGGCUCCGGUGGCGGUGCAGCCGGGGACACAACCACCGCAGCCGGUACCACGCCCACACCGCCCACGUCCAGCGGCAAGACAUCGGUAAUGGAGCGGGUGACGAACGCUCUGUGCGGCGGUGGCAACUCCAACUCCGGAUCGGGAUCGAAUGGCGCCAAUAGUAACUCCUCCUCGCCGGCGGCUUCCACUGCCGCUGCUUCGCCUGCCAGCAAUGCUAAUCCUCCCCAGACGCCGGACAAACCCUCCAGAGGCAGUAGCCCCAGUCCCGGAGGCAUGGCCAUACCCAGUGGCCAGCCGCAGGUGUCCAACUCCACACACCACCUCCUGCAGCAGCAGCAGCAGCAACUGCAACUGCAGCAGUCCCAGCAGCAGCAUCUCCAGCUGCAGGCCUCCACGCUGAUCAACUCCAACCACCACGUGAUGGUGGGUCCAGCCCCGCCCACAGGCAUGCCCCUGGGAGCCCCGCCCACGCCCACAGUAAAGUCCAUUGCCAAGCAGAUGAACAUAACCAUACCGGGCGGCGGUGUGGGACCAGGAUCGCCCACCUUUAGCACCAUGGGCAUGGUGGCGGCACAGAAGGCGGCCGCUGGCGGUGGCAUCGGCAGUGGUGGUACCCCUUUGCAGCUGAGGAAGCAGCUGCCCAAUCCUCACCUGCAUCAUCCGUACGGGAACAUGGCGGUGAAUCAGUCGCCGCUGAUCAUGCAGCACCAGCUCCACCCGCCGCCCAUCCACAGCAUCGAGCUGCUGAUGCUGGACGACCGCUUUCUGAGCCGCUUCUUCCAGUACUUCUCGCCGUACGAGCGGCGUAUCCUGGCCCAGGUGUGCAUCAAGUGGCGGGACACACUGUACCGCAGUCCGCGCUACUGGAGCGGUUUGUUGCCUACUUUGCAGUGCCGGGAACUUCGCCAGAUGCCGGGCUGUGAUCGCGGCAAGCUGUACAACUCGCUGAUACGUCGGGGAUUUCAUGCUUUAGGGUUGGUGGGUGCCUCCGAUGAGGAUGCCUUGGAUGUGGUGCACUCCUUCCCGCUGGCCUCCAAGCACGUCCAUUCGCUCAGCCUGCGCUGCUCCUCGAUCAGCGAUCGGGGGCUGGAGACGCUCCUGGAUCAUUUGCAGAGUUUGUUUGAACUGGAGCUGGCUGGCUGCAAUGAGGUGACCGAGGCGGGUCUGUGGGCGUGUCUGACGCCCCGCAUCGUGUCGCUCUCUCUGGCGGACUGCAUCAAUAUAGCGGAUGAGGCGGUGGGCGCGGUGGCCCAGCUGCUGCCCUCCCUUUACGAGUUCUCGCUGCAGGCUUACCAUGUCACGGAUGCGGCGCUAGGCUACUUCUCGCCGAAGCAGAGCCACAGCCUCAGCAUAUUGCGACUGCAGUCGUGCUGGGAACUAACCAACCAUGGCAUCGUUAAUAUCGUGCACUCCCUGCCCCAUCUCACGGUACUAAGCCUGUCCGGAUGCAGCAAGCUGACGGACGACGGAGUGGAGCUGAUUGCCGAGAAUCUGCAGAAGCUGCGCGCCCUGGACCUGUCCUGGUGUCCCCGCAUUACGGACGCCUCGCUCGAGUAUAUCGCCUGUGAUCUGAACCAGCUGGAGGAGCUGACGCUGGAUAGAUGUGUGCAUAUAACAGACAUUGGCGUAGGCUAUAUCUCCACAAUGCUCUCCCUCACCGCCCUCUUCCUGCGCUGGUGCUCCCAGGUGCGUGACUUUGGGCUGCAGCACCUCUGCUCGAUGCGCAACCUCCAGGUGCUAUCCCUGGCCGGCUGCCCGCUGCUGACCUCAUCGGGCCUGUCCAGCCUGAUCCAGCUGCGGCACCUCCAAGAGCUGGAGCUGACCAACUGCCCGGGAGCGUCGCACGAGCUGUUCGACUACUUGAAGGAGCACCUGCCCCGCUGCCUGAUCAUUGAAUAAUCGAUGAUGGGCGGAGACCCAACUCUAGAUGACACUGAUUUUGGUUUUGAGUUCGGUGUAUGCUUAUUUCGUACACUUAGCCUCCAGGCGGCUAGUUCCUCGCGUGCUAUGUGACUUCAACUUUCCGUCAACACUGUACUUACUACUCUCUAUCCCUUAUAGUUUUAGACUUUUUAUGAUUUCUGCUGUGAUUUGAUACGGAACUUAAUUAAGUUGAUCUGUUUAAGACGAUAUGUACCACAAAAGACCCGAAGAUGAUAUUUAUUUACACGCAAUGCAAUAUGUCUAAUAUACAUGCAUGAAUAUAUAUAUAUAUAUAUAUUUAUAAAUAUACAUAAUUUAUUUAUAUUAUUGUAGUUUUUAACGAACGUUUUAUUUAUUUACUAAACAUACAGUCUACGUGUAAAUUACCAACAAAACCAAAACAAACAUUGCGCCCAAAAAGACGAACAAACAAACAACAAAUAUGAAUUACAAAGAAUCAAAAUAUGCAAUUAACAAUUACAUUAGUUCAAAGAAGCAAAGAAACCCAAACAAAAAUCGAAAAAAUUUGAAAAUAUUUACGAGUUGCCGGCAGCUUUAAAUCGAGAAAUGCAAUUGAAAACACACAAACAAAACUUAACCCUGACCAGUGAAAACCUUACUUCGAUUGUACCAUAUGACUAAUCUGUAAUCUGUAACUAACUUACGGCAACUGAAAGUAUUUUAAGCAAGGAAUCGGUGCACGCUACCCCAGGAGUCAAUAUUUAACACAAUGUUUAGCAAAAAUUGUUGUCGAAGCGAAAGCCAUGUGAAACAAUCUAUGAGUGUAAUUUUGGCCCCCGAAAACAAGAUACUCUAUAUAUAAUAUAUAGCUUACGUUAAAGCGAGCUGCUCUCCCCCCUCCUGCCCAAUGAACUAAAGCAAUCCUCCCUCUCAGACCUAAUGUAAAUGCUUUGUUUUUAAAUCCAGAGGGAGAGAGCGAGAGUCCUUC